AUGGUGGGGACUAGGAUAAUGCAGAGCAGGAGAGAUUUUUCCAUGCUUCAGAAGGUGCUGAUGUGCAUUACAGUUUUUCCUCUCUUCAAUAGUACAGUCUGCAAAGCAGGUGAGUUAUCGGAAUCUGGAUCUUUAUUCAGUUUCAUUCGAGCUGUUGAUCCCAAAAACGCUCUAGGGAUUGAAUGGAAUGGAUUCAUCCCACAUCCCUGCUCAAAUCAUUGGAAGAGCAUUAAAUGCAGUUUAGGUGCCACCACAAUUACAGAGGUACGGCUUGAAAAUUUAAGCCUUUGUGGGAUCAUUGAUGCAAAAUCCCUUUGCAAGCUCCCAAAGUUGCGACAUCUUAGUUUAGCCAAAAACCAAAUCCAUGGAAGUAUUCCUGAUUCAAUAUCGAAAUGCACAAGCCUGAAACAUUUAGAUCUAAGCAACAAUUUGUUAAAUGGGACAGUACCUGUGGCUCUUACUAAGCUGAAGAAUCUCAGGAGGUUGGACAUCUCUAACAAUCAUUUUAGCAAGGUUGCCCAAUAUCCCAAACAGGAAUCCAGACUUCCCAACAGCUAUGCCACGAAUUCAAGUGCACUACAAUCAAACGCAAGCAAUAAAGCCAAAAACAUCACGGUUGCACCCAGUCCACAGUUAGAUGUCUACGGGCAUGAGCAAAGACAUCAUAAAGCACAUGAAAAGUGGAAAUCAUGGAUGCCUGUAGUUUUUGGCAUUGCAUUCUUCGUGGUGCUAAUAUUUUUUGUGAACAUGAAGGCUGCUAAAUUGGCAAACGAUAAGGAGAUUCUAAAGGCCCUUGCUCAUUCUCCUCUGAAAUCCCCUCCAACCAAGACCACAGAUGAAGUCAAGCCGGAAGAAAGAUGCUCAGACCUUGUCUUCUUUGUUGGAGAGGAGGAGAGGUUUAAAAAGGAAGAUCUUCUUGAAGCAGCAGCCGACUUGAAAAGCCAGGGUUUUUUUGGCAGUCUUUACAAGGUACAACUCAAUAAUAAUGCCCUUUUUGCUGUCAAGAGAUUGAAGAAAUUGCAGGUAUCCUUUGAGGAGUUUGGCCAGACAAUGAGAAGGAUAGGGAACUUGAAGCAUCGAAAUAUUCUUCCUCUCGUUGGUUACAAUUCUACUGAUGAGGAAAAACUUCUGAUCUACAAAUAUCAGAGGAAUGGAAGCCUGCUAACCCUGUUAGAGAACUACAUUAACGGUAAGAGGGAUUUCCCCUGGAAACUUCGGCUGUCCAUAGCAAUUGGAAUUGCAAGGGGCUUGGACUUCAUAUAUCAGAAGUGUGGUGACUGGGAUAUCAUUCCCCAUGGGAACAUUAAGCUCUCAAAUAUCCUGUUGAACGAAAAUGAGGAACCGCUAAUAAGUGAAUAUGGAUACUUGAAAUUUUUCGAUCCCAUGACAGCUUGCCUCUUUAACUCGAAUGGAUACACCGCCCCAGAGAAAAUUUUAUCAGAAAAGGCUGAUGUCUUCAGCUUCGGAGUAAUUCUGUUGGAGUUGCUAACUGGAAAACUGGUAGAAAAGAGUGGACUAGACCUUCCAAAGUGGGUCAGGUCCAUGGUAAGGGAGGAAUGGACUGGAGAGGUAUUCGAUGGGGAGAUUGCCAAGGUCGAAAUGUAUGCUUUUCCUCUGCUGAAUAUUUCACUGAAAUGUGUAGCAGAUUUUCCCCAGGAACGACCAACCGUUGCUGAGGUUCUGGAAAAGAUAGAGGAGGUUGUAAACGAGCAGGAAGACCUUUCCACUCCUAUGACUUCUACUGAAUCCAAUCCACAAGAUUGUUGUUCACUUCACUAUAACAUGCCAGAGACCCCUGGAUCAAAACAGUGA